AGUCGGCGUACAGCGAAUGCGCAUCGAUCGGUGUUGCGCAUUUUCGCGGUUCACUAUCGUGUCAGUUCGUGGCGUUAGUUCUUCGCAGAUCGACCGUUUGCCGCGUGGUCGUUCUUGCCGUGAUCGUGCUCUCGUGAUCGUGAGUAAUAGUGACAGGAGACAGGAGCAAACCAAAUCCCAUCCCAACAUGUGUACCAGUGAUGCUUGUUCCAUCAUGGUCACCGUGAUAGACGGGCUGGUGAACGCAACCAAGAUGCCGCUCGGGUUGGCCGAGGCCGACAGCAGCCUGCUCGCGUUGUCCAACCGGUCCGCAGCCGCCGGGUUCGAUGCAGCCGAUGCAAUCGUGGACGCUUCGUUCGAUUUGCUGGUGAAAAAGUUUUUUCGUGACACUGGUGUUCUUCAUCUAUCUGGUGCAGAUCGUUAAGUUUCUAACGCUCCCGCUGCGCGAACGGCUCGAGCAGGGCGAGGAAGCGCAACGCCUCAAGCGCAUCUGCAUGAUCAUCGUGAAGGCCAUCCUGUCCGGCAGUGCCGGCGCUUGCUAAGCCCCGUUGCGUCCGCAAUCACCGCUUGCGCGUACAGCAAUGAACGUGAACCAACAGGAAGGCGCGCGGUGCAAACUUUCCCCCUUUGGAUCAGCUGCUGUCACCAUUGUUUUGCUUUGUGCCUUUCUUUAUGAUGUACGGUUUAGUUAGUUUUAUGAUGCAAUUUCCCAACCUCCCCCUCAAUGCACACACACACACACAAACGCGCGCAAAUGGUGUUGCGUAUCGUAUCGUGGCCGGCGUUUUGUACGUGCAGCGUAUCUCUAAUUGAUCGUGCGAUUAAAGCAUCAAAUAGGCAGGAACCAGCUACCACCUGUCCCAAAUUGACCUAUAUUUAAAUAUGGAAGGAACCGAGGUGGUUCGUUGACACACUGUUCACAUAACACGCACAUGAAAUCGAUAUUACGAUCACUUUUUUUUGUCGAUACGAUUUUCGUUCUCCGGUCGCGGAUUGGCUGUGAUUUCAAAGUGUCCUGUGUCCUUCGCUUGCUACUACAGUACACUGCCCGGCAAGUGAUACAGGCUGGUGUGAGAGUCGAAACCCAAUAGGUAUUAUGAUAGAUAGCGUGUGCGUUGCAUAGCUAGUGUAAGAAGAAAAGGUAGACAAUUUUAUUAGCUGUUAAGGUAUGCGACCGGGUAAGCAGGUGAUAUGAAGCCAACACCACCGCUACUGCUGUUGGCAGGUUUUAAGUGAAUGUGAAAACGAAACGGUGUCCAAUUGAAGUGAAACCACCGACCGAAGUUAGAUGGUUUUACUAGCCCGCACGAACAUGUUGUGUUUGCUCCGUUUCAUAACGAACCGCUUCACUAGUAUCGUAAAGCCCAUUACGAAAUAUGCUUCAUAACUCAGCCACCAGAACUAGAGAGACGCACUAGACACGUUUAAAGUUCGAGAUUUGGCCCACCUGCCCCAAAACUGCUGCACUCUUUUAUCCACUAGCUGAUCUCAUGAGUGUUUCCUUUUCCAUUGGAUUUUGAAAGACGUGAGUUUAUAGUGAAGAUUGAAAGCAUGCUGACCGUACCGAAACCGGUUUCGGGCUGCAUUGUGCGGGACCGGAACUGUUGGCAUUGAAAACGAUCAUCCUUGUCCGUGGAAUGCGUCCGUGGAAUGGGAAAGAUAAUGGGAAGCGUAGGCAACGAGGACCCGCGUGGAAGGCGAGGAUGCAAUCUGUAGGGUGCAGAGGGUGGCAUUGAUCGGUGUGUGCAGGGUAAUGCACUAUGCAAUAAAGUGCAGUGAACGCAAUAGGCAAGGUUAUAGCGAGUUAAAAGGAAGUGUAUGUAAUGAAUAAAUUGAUUUUUUUGUAAACA